AACUACAGGUUUUGAAGUAACAGUCACCCCACAGCAUGUCUGCAAAUUCAGGGGAGAAUUUGAAAUUCUACAAAACUCCAGACAAAAAGGAUGCACUUGUGACUGGUAACUUUUUGAAGUCACCUCCUUCCUAUCUGUUCAACACACAAACGGCCUGGAAAAAAAGAUAUUUCAUACUGUUUUGUGACAGUGGCACCUACCAUCUGAAUUACUACAAGAAUGAACAUAAAACUGAGCAGCCAAAGGGAAAGAUUGAUUUAUCACUCAUUACUGUCCUCAGUCAACAUCCUGAAUGUCAUAAGAAAUGGAGUCUACUUAAAAACAUGUUCAACUGUCAUCUGGAUUUUGUGCUUUUAAUCAUAACCAAAGAAAGAGACUAUUUUCUCAUCGGUGAAAGCAAGGAAUGUGUGGACAACUGGUAUAAUGUCAUGUAUUCUGUUCUACUAUGUGAAUUCCCAUCUUCUUUUCAUGGAUCAGGGGUGGUUGCAUCUUCAUCCAAGCCAGUGCCUUACCCCAGGUCUUUGUUCAUGAACACCACCUCGGUGGAGCCUCCCCAUUUCCAGGGACCUCAACUACCGGUGGUUGCAUCUUCAUCCAAGCCAGUGCCUUACCCCAGGUCUUUGUUCAUGAACACCACCUCGGUGGAGCCUCUGCAUUUCCAGGGACCUCAACUACCGGUGGUUGCAUCUUCAUCCAAGCCAGUGCCUUACCCCAGGUCUCAGUUCAUGAACACCACCUCGGUGGAGCCUCCGCAGUUCCGGGCACCACAACUACCGGAAAGCAGACAGCUGGAAACUGAGAACCUGUCUAUGAAAAUCAACCCCCUAAAUCUUGUGAAGGUUGAGGAAAAGGAUGUGCAAGUGACUCUAGAAGACCUGAAAAAACUGUAUGAAAAUCAGUGACAUAGAUGGAAGAUGCUGCAUCACUCAGUGGAGAGGAGCCCCCCAUGUCCGGCACCUGUUCUGUAGAGGGGAUCGCAUUCUAGCCAUUAAUGACCUCAGAACCGAGACAGCAAAGGAUGUGGAGCUCUACCUGAACAAAGUGAUGAAAACAC